GUCACAAAACACACAGCAACCUUUUAACUUUUUGUAUCCCUUCUCCUUUGGCACCUCGUCUCUAAUUUAAUCAAUACGGAAGCUUCCACCAUUGUUACACUUCCUCUGUUUCUAUCCUCAAAACCAAUCCUUUAUUACCAAUACUCUCACUUGGGUCUUACUUCUCAAACAGCAAAAACUCAGAAGAUGAGAAACUUUCACAAAACCUUCUUUUUCUUCUUCUUCUUCUUCUUCCUCUACGAAUUUUCCAUGGCUGCAGAAACACUCAGAAGGGGAGAAUCUUUAAAAGACGGUGUCCAUCACAAACCAUUAGUCUCUCCACAAAAGACAUUCGAACUCGGUUUCUUCAGUCCAGGAGCUUCCACAUCUCGUUAUCUAGGGAUCUGGUAUGGAAACAUCGAGGACAAAGCUGUGGUAUGGGUAGCAAACAGAGAAACUCCGAUUUUAGACCAGUCUGGAGUUCUUACGAUAAGCAACGACGGAAAUCUUGUGUUACUCGACGGUAAAAACAUCACUGUCUGGUCUACAAACAUCAAAUCAAGCAGUAACAACAACAACAACAACAGAAUCGUUUCCAUACACGAUACAGGAAACUUUGUAUUGUCUGAAACCGACACAGAUACAGCUAUUUGGGAGAGUUUCGAUCACCCAACUGAUACGUUUUUACCUCAGAUGAAGGUUCGUGUGAAUCCACAAACCGGAGAUAACCACGUUUUCGUCUCUUGGAGAUCUGAGACCGAUCCUUCUCCUGGUAAUUACUCAUUAGGGGUUGAUCCUUCAGGAGCACCAGAGAUUGUUCUUUGGGAAGGGAACAACACAAGAAAAUGGCGAAGCGGGCAAUGGAACUCCGCGGUUUUUACGGGGAUUCCGAUCAUGUCUCUGUUGACGAACUAUCUUUACGGGUUUAAGCUUUCGUCUCCACCAGAUGAAACAGGUAGCGUGUACUUCACGUAUGUUCCUUCAGAUCCAUCUAUGUUGCUUAGGUUCAAGGUUCUUUAUAAUGGUACUGAAGAGGAGUUGAGAUGGAACGAGACUUUGAAGAAGUGGACUAAGUUUCAGUCUGAGCCAGAUACUGAGUGUGAUCAGUAUAAUCGUUGUGGGAAGUUUGGUAUUUGUGAUAUGAAGGGCACUAAUGGGAUAUGUAGCUGUGUUCAUGGCUAUGAGCCAGUCUCUGUAGGGAAUUGGAGUAGAGGUUGUAGAAGAAGAACACCUUUGAAGUGUGAGAGGAACGUUAGUGUUGGAGAGCAUGAGUUCUUGACUCUUAAAUCGGUGAAGUUGCCUGAUUUCGAGAUCCCUGAACAUGAUCUUGUUGAUCCUUCAGAUUGCAAAGAGAGAUGUCUGAAGAAUUGUUCUUGCAAUGCUUAUACUGUUAUUGGUGGUAUUGGAUGCAUGAUCUGGAAUCAAGAUUUAGUAGAUUUACAGCAGUUUGAAGCUGGUGGUUCCUCGCUUCAUAUCCGUGUUGCUGAUUCCGAAAUAGGGGAGAAAAAGAAAUCAAAGAAAAUGGUGAUCAUUGUCGCGGUCCUUGUUGGUGUGGUUUUGUUAGGUGUCUUUGCUCUGCUUCUAUGGAGAUUCAAGAGAAAGAAAGAUGUUUCAGGAGCAUAUUGUGGUAAGAGUACAGAUACAUCCGUUGUUGUUGCUGUUACGACCAAGAGUAAAGAAACCACUUCAGCGUUUUCAGGAUCUGUUGACAUAAUGAUUGAAGGAAAAGCAGUUAACACAUCAGAGUUACCUGUGUUUUCUCUGAAUGCUAUAGCCGUAGCUACUAAUGACUUCUGCAAAGAGAAUGAGCUUGGAAGAGGCGGAUUCGGACCAGUCUACAAGGGUGUUCUUGAAGAUGGGCGUGAGAUAGCUGUGAAGAGAUUGUCUGGUAAAUCUGGACAAGGAGUUGAUGAAUUCAAGAAUGAGAUUAUUCUCAUAGCAAAGCUUCAACAUCGUAAUCUUGUGAGGUUACUUGGAUGUUGCUUCGAGGGCGAAGAGAAAAUGCUUGUUUAUGAGUAUAUGCCUAACAAAAGCUUAGACUUCUUCCUCUUCGAUGAAACGAAACAAGAGUUGAUAGACUGGAAUUUGCGGUUUUCUAUAAUUGAAGGGAUUGCUAGAGGGUUGCUUUAUCUUCAUAGAGACUCAAGAUUGAGAAUCAUUCAUAGAGAUUUGAAGGUUAGCAAUGUGUUGUUAGAUGGAGAGAUGAAUCCAAAGAUAUCAGAUUUUGGUAUGGCAAGGAUCUUUGGUGGUAACCAAAAUGAAGCUAACACGGUUCGAGUCGUUGGAACUUACGGAUACAUGUCACCAGAAUACGCAAUGGAAGGACUUUUCUCGGUGAAAUCCGAUGUUUACAGCUUCGGUGUCUUGUUGCUUGAGAUAGUAAGUGGGAAGAGGAACACAAGUCUUCGAUCUUCUGAGCAUGGAAGCCUCAUUGGUUAUGCUUGGUAUUUGUAUACUCAUGGGAGAUCAGAGGAGUUUGUGGAUCCAAAGAUCAGGGUCACAUGCAAUAAGCGUGAGGCCUUGAGGUGCAUACAUGUGGCGAUGUUGUGUGUUCAAGAUUCGGCUGCGGAUAGACCGAACAUGGCUGCGGUUUUGUUGAUGUUAGAGAGUGACACAGCGACGCUUGCUGUGCCAAGACAGCCAACGUUUACUUCCACGAGAAGAAACUCUAUUGAUGUCAACUUUGCUCUUGAUUCGAGUCAACAGUACAUAGUUUCUUCUAAUGAGAUCACUUCUACGGUUGUCCUUGGGCGAUAAGAUUCUUUUCUUCUUUUUUUGUUGUUGUUGUAAGUUUCCUAUUAUUAUUGUGACAACGUAUGAUUUUUUUUAGUUAAUUAGGGUAAUGGAAUAUUGGUUGUUAAAAUUGUGUUGGUAAAGUGAAAUGUAUGAAUGGACUUUCAUUUUGAUGUUGAAAUUA